GGCGGCCGCACAGCAGGGUCUACCCCGGCGCCUGGCCGCGCCCGUGCGCGGGUGCCGAGGAGCGCGCGGGGUGGCUCGCGCGGUGACGUGCGCGAGGCGCCAGAUGGCUGAGAGCUGCAAGAGAAAUUCAGGACCAUGAUGGCUCAGUUUCCCACAGCUAUGAAUGGAGGGCCAAAUAUGUGGGCUAUCACCUCUGAAGAGCGUACUAAGCAUGACAAACAGUUUGAUAACCUCAAACCCUCAGGAGGUUACAUAACAGGUGAUCAAGCCCGUACUUUUUUCUUACAGUCAGGUCUGCCAGCCCCAGUUUUAGCUGAAAUAUGGGCCUUAUCAGAUCUGAACAAGGAUGGGAAAAUGGAUCAGCAAGAGUUCUCCAUAGCUAUGAAACUCAUCAAAUUAAAGCUUCAAGGCCAACAGUUGCCUGUAGUUCUCCCUCCUAUCAUGAAGCAACCCCCUAUGUUCUCCCCACUAAUCUCUGCUCGCUUUGGGAUGGGAAGCAUGCCCAAUCUGUCCAUUCCUCAGCCAUUACCUCCAGUUGCACCUAUAACAACACCCUUGUCUUCUGCAACUUCAGGGACCAGUGUUCCUCCCUUAAUGAUGCCUGCCCCCCUAGUGCCUUCUGUUAGUACAUCAUCAUUACCAAAUGGAACUGCCAGUCUCAUUCAGCCUUUAUCCAUUCCUUAUUCUUCUUCAACAUUGCCUCAUGCGUCAUCUUACAGUCUGAUGAUGGGAGGAUUUGGUGGUGCUAGUAUCCAGAAAGCCCAGUCUCUGAUUGAUUUAGGAUCUAGUAGCUCAACUUCCUCAACUGCUUCCCUCUCAGGGAACUCGCCCAAGACUGGGACCUCGGAGUGGGCAGUUCCUCAGCCCUCAAGAUUAAAGUAUCGGCAAAAAUUUAAUAGUCUAGACAAAAGCAUGAGUGGAUACCUCUCAGGUUUUCAAGCUAGAAAUGCCCUUCUUCAGUCAAAUCUGUCCCAGACUCAGCUGGCUACUAUUUGGACUCUGGCUGACAUUGAUGGUGAUGGACAGCUGAAAGCUGAAGAGUUUAUCCUGGCAAUGCACCUCACUGACAUGGCCAAAGCUGGACAGCCCCUGCCACUGACUUUACCUCCGGAGCUUGUCCCUCCAUCUUUUAGAGGGGGGAAGCAAAUUGAUUCCAUUAAUGGAACUCUGCCUUCAUAUCAGAAAACACAAGAAGAAGAGCCUCAGAAGAAAUUGCCAGUUACUUUUGAGGACAAAAGGAAAGCCAACUAUGAGCGAGGAAACGUGGAACUGGAGAAGCGACGGCAGGCCUUGAUGGACCAGCAGCAGAGGGAGGCCGAGCGUAAAGCCCAGAAAGAGAAGGAAGAGUGGGAGCGGAAACAGAGAGAACUACAAGAACAAGAAUGGAAGAAGCAGCUGGAACUGGAAAAACGCUUGGAGAAACAGAGAGAACUGGAGAGACAGCGGGAGGAAGAGAGGAGAAAAGAGAUAGAAAGACGAGAGGCAGCAAAACAGGAACUUGAAAGACAACGUCGUUUAGAAUGGGAACGAAUCCGUCGACAGGAGCUUCUCAAUCAAAAGAACAGAGAACAAGAAGAAAUUGUCAGGCUGAACUCGAAAAAGAAGAGUCUCCAUCUUGAGUUGGAAGCAGUGAAUGGAAAACACCAGCAGAUCUCAGGCAGACUUCAAGACGUUAGAAUCAGAAAGCAAACACAAAAAACUGAGUUAGAAGUUUUGGAUAAGCAGUGUGACCUGGAAAUUAUGGAAAUCAAACAACUUCAACAAGAACUUCAGGAAUAUCAAAAUAAGCUGAUCUAUCUGGUACCUGAAAAACAACUACUAAAUGAAAGAAUAAAAAACAUGCAGCUCAGUAACACACCUGAUUCAGGGAUCAGUUUACUUCAUAAAAAAUCAUUAGAAAAGGAAGAACUAUGCCAAAGACUUAAAGAACAAUUAGAUGCUCUUGAAAAGGAAACUGCAUCUAAGCUCUCAGAAAUGGAUUCAUUUAACAAUCAACUGAAGUGUGGGAAUAUGGAUGACUCUGUUCUUCAGUGCCUUUUGUCUCUGCUAAGCUGUCUCAACAACCUCUUCCUCUUACUUAAGGAACUGAGAGAAAGCUAUAAUACACAGCAGUUAGCCCUUGAACAACUUCAUAAAAUCAAACGUGACAAAUUGAAGGAAAUUGAAAGAAAAAGAUUAGAGCAAAUACAGAAAAAGAAACUAGAAGAUGAAGCUGCAAGGAAAGCAAAACAAGGAAAAGAAAACUUGUGGAGAGAAAGUAUUAGAAAGGAAGAAGAAGAAAAACAAAAGCGACUUCAGGAAGAAAAAUCACAGGAGAAAACUCAAGAAGAGGAGCGAAAAGCUGAGGCAAAACAAAGUGAGACAGCUAGUGUUUUGGUGAAUUAUAGAGCAUUGUACCCCUUUGAAGCAAGGAACCAUGAUGAGAUGAGUUUUAAUUCUGGGGAUAUAAUUCAGGUUGAUGAAAAGACAGUAGGAGAGCCUGGUUGGCUUUAUGGCAGCUUUCAGGGAAAGUUUGGCUGGUUUCCAUGCAACUAUGUAGAAAAGAUGUUGUGUGGUGAAAAAGCUCCCUCUCCUAAGAAGGCCUUGCUUCCUCCUACAGGAUCUCUAUCUGCUACCUCAACUUCUCCCCAACCACUUUGUUCAAAUCAACCAGCAUCAGUGACUGAUUAUCAAAAUGUAUCUUUCUCAAACCUUACUGUCAACACAUCAUGGCAAAAAAAGUCAGCUUUUACUCGCACUGUGUCUCCAGGAUCUGUGUCCCCCAUUCAUGGACAGGGGCAAGCUGUAGAAAACCUGAAAGCCCAGGCCCUUUGUUCUUGGACGGCAAAGAAAGAGAACCACUUGAACUUCUCAAAACACGAUGUCAUUACUGUCCUGGAGCAACAAGAAAAUUGGUGGUUUGGGGAGGUGCAUGGAGGAAGAGGAUGGUUCCCCAAAUCUUAUGUCAAGAUCAUUCCUGGGAGUGAAGUAAAGCGAGAAGAGCCAGAAGCUUUGUAUGCGGCUGUAAAUAAGAAACCUACCUCCGCAGCUUAUCCAGCUGGAGAAGAGUACAUUGCACUUUAUCCAUACUCAAGUGUAGAGCCUGGAGAUUUGACUUUCAAUGAAGGUGAAGAAAUAUUGGUGACCCAGAAAGAUGGAGAGUGGUGGACAGGAAGUAUUGGAGAGAGAACUGGAAUCUUCCCAUCCAACUACGUCAAACCUAAAGAUCAAGAGAAUUUUGGAAAUGCUGGCAAAUCUGGAACAUCAAGCAAAAAGCCAGAGAUCGCUCAAGUAACUUCUGCAUAUGCCGCUUCCGGUGCUGAACAGCUCAGCCUUGCACCAGGGCAGUUAAUAUUAAUCUUAAAGAAAAACACAAGUGGGUGGUGGCAAGGAGAGCUACAGGCCAGAGGGAAAAAACGGCAGAAGGGGUGGUUUCCUGCCAGCCAUGUGAGGCUAUUGGGUCCAAGCAGUGAGAGAUCCACACCUGCCUUUCACGCUGUAUGUCAAGUGAUCGCCAUGUAUGACUAUGUAGCGAGUAAUGAAGAUGAGCUCAAUUUCUCUAAGGGACAGCUGAUUAAUGUCAUAAACAAAGAUGACCCUGACUGGUGGCAAGGAGAAAUCAACGGGGUGACUGGUCUCUUUCCUUCAAACUAUGUUAAGAUGACAACAGACUCAGACCCAAGUCAACAGUGGUGUGCCGAUCUCCAAGCCCUGGACACGAUGCAGCCCAUGGAGAGGAAGAGACAAGGCUACAUCCACGAGCUCAUUCAGACAGAGGAGCGCUACAUGGACGAUCUGCAGCUGGUCAUCGAGGUUUUCCAGAAACGGAUGGCAGAGUCGGGCUUCCUCACUGAAGCAGAAAUGGCCUUGAUCUUUGUCAACUGGAAGGAACUCAUCAUGUCCAAUACAAAGCUGUUGAAGGCCUUGCGGGUGAGGAAGAAGACUGGAGGUGAGAAGAUGCCUGUUCAGAUGAUCGGGGACAUCCUGGCAGCAGAGCUGUCUCACAUGCAAGCCUACAUCCGGUUCUGCAGCUGUCAGCUCAAUGGAGCAACUCUGCUACAGCAGAAGACAGAUGAGGACACUGACUUCAAGGAAUUUCUAAAGAAGCUGGCAUCAGACCCACGGUGUAAAGGAAUGCCGCUGUCCAGCUUCCUGCUGAAGCCCAUGCAGAGGAUCACUCGCUACCCCCUGCUCAUCAGAAGUAUCCUGGAGAACACGCCACAGACUCACGUUGACCACUCCUCCCUGAAACUGGCCCUUGAACGAGCCGAGGAGCUGUGCUCCCAGGUGAACGAGGGAGUUCGAGAGAAGGAAAAUUCAGACCGGCUGGAGUGGGUCCAGGCACAUGUGCAGUGCGAAGGCUUGGCAGAGCAACUUAUCUUCAACUCCCUCACCAACUGCCUGGGUCCCCGGAAGCUUUUGCACAGUGGGAAGUUAUAUAAGACCAAGAGCAAUAAGGAACUGCAUGGGUUUCUCUUCAACGACUUCCUGCUGCUCACCUACAUGGUCAGGCAGUUUGCAGCUUCCUCGGCCUCUGAGAAACUCUUCAGCUCCAAGUCCAGUGCUCAGUUCAAAAUGUAUAAAACGCCCAUUUUCCUUAACGAAGUGUUGGUGAAACUGCCCACAGACCCUUCCAGCGAUGAGCCUGUCUUCCACAUUUCCCACAUUGAUCGGGUAUACACCCUCCGAACAGACAACAUUAAUGAGAGGACAGCCUGGGUCCAGAAGAUCAAGGCUGCCUCAGAGCAGUACAUUGACACUGAGAAGAAGAAACGGGAAAAGGCUUAUCAAGCCCGUUCUCAAAAGACCUCAGGCAUUGGGCGUCUGAUGGUACAUGUCAUCGAAGCUACAGAGUUAAAAGCCUGCAAGCCAAAUGGGAAGAGCAAUCCAUACUGUGAAAUCAGCAUGGGCUCCCAAAGCUAUACCACUAGGACCCUCCAAGACACACUGAAUCCCAAAUGGAACUUCAAUUGCCAGUUCUUCAUCAAGGACCUUUACCAGGAUGUGCUGUGUCUCACUAUGUUUGACAGGGACCAGUUCUCUCCAGAUGAUUUCCUGGGUCGUACUGAAGUUCCAGUGGCAAAAAUUCGAACAGAACAGGAAAGCAAAGGCCCUACGACCCGCCGACUGCUGCUGCAUGAAGUCCCCACUGGAGAAGUCUGGGUCCGCUUUGAUCUGCAACUUUUUGAACAAAAAACUCUCCUCUGAGGGCCUGGAGAAGCCAGCACCAGAGAAGCUGCCCACAAGGCUGGGUCUAAAGAAAGAAAGACUAUCUUCUCUUGGGGCCGAGGAGCAUCAUAUGGCUCAUCCAUCACAAAGCCACACGCUGGGUCUGUAUGUUAUCGCACACUAAAUUGCUAGGAAUCUAUGCAAACAUGAUCUUUCCUAUAAACAGACACCACAGCACAGUGCCUUGUACUAGUGUUAACAUGGUCGGCUGUGUUAGAUGCCAGGAUUUCCAUUAUCAGGGCUAUAAAAGUAUUAUGUGGAAAUGAGGCAUCAGACCACCAGAUGUUACCACUUGGCGAAUGUGUCCACUGUGGAGAUGGUGAUGUUGGAACCAUUCCACACAUGUGACCUCUGCUGGUCACAGCACUCAGGAGGUGAAGGGCUGGGAAGAGGUGCUGCAGCCUGGCCUGAGGACUUGUGCAGCCUGAUACUGAGAUAGCAUCCACUUGUGCACUGAAUAAACAGAAACUUGAUUGUUUUAUUCUGAUUAGAUUUUAUCCUUCUCUGCUCAGACAAUACAGUUUGAAAUAUAAGGAGGGAAGCUUGAUGUACUUUAACUAUACUGUGAACUCUAAUAAUGUGGGAAUAUUUUUCAACUUUAAUUUUCUGAAGUAUAAAUUAUUUAUGUAAAUUCCUUGUUUUGCAUAUUUCAUAGAACAUGCAUCUUUGAGCUUUUUAUCAUUGCCAACAUGUACAGAAAGAGAAUAAAAGUAUUAGUUUAUGAAUGUAA